GUCAGCUAGUGCAGAAGUAGCAAGAUGAUGUGGCAGGUGCAGCUCCUCUGGUUCAUCGUACUCUGGAUUCAGGGCUCCAGCGGGGACAUUGUUGUGACUCAGACUCCAGAGUCCCUGGCAGUGUCCCCAGGAGACACCGUCACCAUCAAGUGCAAAACCAGCUCUAGUGUUAGCAGCUACAUGGCCUUGUACCAGCAGAAACCAGGGCAGGCUCCUAAGCUCCUUCUCUACAGCACAAACAGCCGCCCCUCCGGGAUCCCCGACCGGUUCAGUGGCAGUGGGUCUGGCACCGACUUUACAUUCACCAUCAGCCGGGUGGAAGCUGGUGAUGCUGGAGAUUAUUACUGUCAGCAGCAUCAGAGCUACCCUCUCACAGUGCUACAGCCCAGUACAAAAACCUCCCUGCUCUUUUCAGGCUCCAGUGGGGACAUACUGCUGAUGCAGAUGCCAGAGUCCCUGGCAGUGUCUCCAGGAGAAACGAUCACCAUCAUCUGCAAAGCCAUUACAUCUAGUGGCAGCUACAUACACUGGUACCAACAGAAAAAAGGGCAACCUCCUACACUCCUUAUCUCUGGCACAAACUCCCGUGUCUUGGGGAUUCCAGACCAGUUCAGCAGCAGUAAAUCAGACAGCAACUACACUCUCACAAUCAGCCGGGUUGAAGCAGAUGAUGCUGGAGAUUACUAUUGUCAGCAGACGGGCAGCUUACCUUUCCCACAGUGA